CCGAGUGAUGGCAGCGCAUGCUGCUGCCUUGCCGCCUCCGCCACUCAGUCCUGAUCUUACGUCAGGGUAGCUGGGUACCCCCUCCGCCCGGGAGCCAGCGAGUAGCGGGAGAGCAGAGCAGAGCGUGCGGCAGAGCCGAUCCCGCGUCCCGCCGAACCCUGCCAAGCCCCGUCAAUCCCAGAAGAACAGGAGCCAGAGCCGCUGAGCCAACACCGGACCCUGCACCGGGACCCAGAAUUCACCAGCCUACACUACCCGGUACCCGCCGGGGCGCCGGGCUCGUCCUGUGAGCCCCUCGCCAUGCGUGUGGGGCUCUUCGACUCUCCAGAUCAGUUCCAGAGCGGUGGCCUCGGGAGCUUGGGUCCGGAUACCUCUGGUUGAAAUAGUUGGGUGGCUAAGUCAGGGGUCUCCACGUCGGGGACGCGGCGGGGACCUGCGGAGUUGGCGUCCGAACGCAUAGAGCGGGGCCACCCGCGCCGCUCCACCAUUACCUCCCCAGGCGGCAAGGAGGAGCUGGUGGCGGUCGCCUCCCGGCUGUGGCAGCGGCGGCGGCGCGCCUGCUUGGCGGCCGUCGGCGUGCUCCUGGCCAUGGCACUGGGGCUGCUAAUCGCGGUGCCUCUGCUACUGCAGGCGGCGCCCCCCGGAGCGGCUCACUACGAGAUGCUGGGCACCUGCCGCAUGAUCUGUGACCCGUACAGCGUCUCUCCCGCAGGGGGACCCGCGGGCGCCAAGGCUCCACCGCCCGGGCCCAGUACCGCUGCCCUGGAAGUUAUGCAGGACCUCAGCGCCAACCCCCCGCCUCCGUUUAUCCAGGGACCAAAGGGUGAUCCGGGCCGACCAGGCAAGCCCGGGCCUCGGGGUCCUCCUGGAGAGCCAGGGCCUCCUGGACCCAGGGGUCCCCCGGGAGAGAAGGGAGACUCGGGGAGGCCAGGGCUACCCGGACUGCAGUUGACAACUAGCGCAGCCGGUGGCGUUGGUGUGGUGGGUGGCGGAACCGGGGGCGGUGGUGACACAGAGGGAGAAGUGACCAGUGCGCUGAGUGCUGCCUUCAGCGGUCCCAAGAUCGCCUUCUACGUGGGACUCAAGAGCCCCCACGAAGGUUACGAGGUGCUCAAGUUCGACGACGUGGUCACCAAUCUUGGCAAUCACUACGACCCCACUACCGGCAAGUUCAGCUGCCAGGUGCGGGGCAUCUACUUCUUCACGUACCACAUCCUCAUGCGUGGCGGCGACGGAACCAGCAUGUGGGCGGAUCUCUGCAAGAACGGGCAGGUGCGUGCCAGCGCCAUAGCCCAGGACGCGGACCAGAAUUAUGACUACGCCAGCAACAGCGUGGUUCUGCACCUGGAUUCGGGCGAUGAGGUCUAUGUGAAGUUGGACGGCGGGAAGGCGCACGGGGGCAACAACAACAAGUACAGCACGUUCUCGGGCUUUCUCCUGUACCCGGAUUAGAGGCCCAGAGGGCGCGAGGCCAGGUGGCUUCAGGCCACCCCACCCCCAUUGGGCGCGUGGCUCUUUGGUGAAUGCCACUCUGCGGCUUCAUGAUACUUCCUGACAUCUCCGUUGGAAAAGACACACCCCUGCUCUCCUACUUGUCCUGCCUCAGGCCUCAGUGAUUCACUAUGCUGUGGGGAGGCUGUGUCCCUGGUCCCAGUGGCCAUCCUGGGGAGGAAAAGGGAACACUCAAGUGGGGAGCUGGGCAAAUCCCAGCUCUGGCGGGGUUAGCGGUGGGGCAGCCCAGACUUGAGAAAGCUGAUUGAACUGGACAGGCGGCCUUAGAGAGCCUGAGGUCUCCCAGCUUGCCUCUUCCUUCCAGAGUCCCCGGGUUAAGGGCUGCAAGACCCACCAGGAAGAAAGACCCAGGUGAACGCUACUCUCUGGGACCUCCCUUUUUGUGACCCGAAAUGCCUGUGCAGUUUUUCCUGUCCAUCAGCCAAAAAUCCACCCCUAGCAGAGAUCCAACAAACAGAAAGUUCACCUUGCCACGCACUCUGUCCUCUCCUCUGCCAUGCAUUAAAUUAUGUUUUUAGA